ACGCGACCGCGAUGCAAAUCGGCCUGAUCCGCAGUGACGUCUUCACACAGUGUCCCUAGAACUGUCCAUCGCCAACUUCCUUCUGCCCCAAUCUCAUAGGACGUCGUACGGUUUGCGCGGUGAGGCAAGUGACACAGAGCUUCAUACACAUUCGAAUGGGUCUCUUCGACAGGUUGCGCUGCAGGAUCACCUAGAGACACGUCCGCUGGAAACACGCUCACUAUGCACUGGAAGGGUUUGCGGAUUGGUUCUUCCGAUAGCAAUGAGGCCAAACGACGGAGCUACUUGUUCGAGCCAAACGCACAAGCCCGCCAUAGCGAGCACAUACCACGUCCCACGCUCUCGACGACCAACCUCAACCCAAGGCGCUCUGAGUCGGCUCCUCGUUCUCCGUCUCUGGCCGGCCCAGAGUUUGACGAACAGCUGAAUGAAGGGCACGGCGAUCACGGUCUCACGGGAACGCGCAGUCGCACCGAUGACGCAGGCCCCAGGCCCAGAAAUACGGGUCUUCUACCUUUGCCAGGCAGUGGCCCCAAUUGGCGCAUAAACCGGUUUAUUUCUAUGAGACUCCGCCAUGCGUCGGAUCCUCAGUUGUCCAAAUCCUAUGCCAAGGGAGAGAAGGAUAUUCCUCCCAUACCUGAACUUCCGCCUCCUACUAUUAUUACGACUGCGCCUACAGGCCACGAAGUCGAUGAACCGGUCAAACGAAAAGCCAAAUUCAAAUUCUUUCCGGAUAACAAAAAGUCUUCAGUGGAAGAACUCCCGAUUCAACAAGGUAGCCUCCAUGGAAGGCCUCGACAUGUCGCCCAGGGUUCGACAGGAUCACAAGCCGCGGAUACUAGCCGGUCGAUCUAUCGGGUCAGUGGGGAGGAACCAGGGCGUCUGUCAACCACGUCGAUCCGAAGUAAUGGUCGGGAUCACCUGAAUGAGUCGAAUCGCUCUUCGGUGGUUGACGUGCGGUUUUCUGAGUCGUCUCGUUCGGAUCACAGUUCUGGUGAUCAUGGGGCCGCGCGCACCGUACCGUCUAAUGAGGGGUCCAUAUCCAGCGCGAAACGAUUCCGGAUGCCACGACUGAAGCGAAAUCGCAACCCCCUAUUUCCACUACCCCCUAAACCUACCGGGUCACAGUCGAUGAACGGUCGCACGCCUAGAUCCUUGAAUGGCCAAGCAGGUCCCAAGCCAACCACACCAGACGCGCAAGACCAGGAUAAUAUCUCCCCGCUACCAUCUCCUUCGCGAUCCGCAGGUGUCGCCUCUCCGCGACCGCCCCUGUUGAGGAACGACUCGGCCAACUCGGCCCACUCGGCCCACUCAACUCCCUCCACUCGGAAUAGAAACCCUUUGACCACGCGCGCGCGUUCGUCGACCUUGGACUCCCUGGCCAACAUGCGUUCCAGCGAGCCGCAGGCAUCCCCUCAUCUCACUCCCUCCGGACGUACGUCGACCUCGACUAGUGGACGGAAAAGCUUCGGCGACAUCUUCAACAUCCCGCAGCGACUCCGCCAGAAUUCCGAGCCACCCUUUCCGCGAAGCGGGUCACCGGCUGCUCGAGGCGCAGAGACCCCGGCCACGAAAAUGCCGUCUUACCCGGCCCGACAAGAGGAUGAUACCCCAGCAACCUACCUGGAACGCCUGGAAGGUGCCAUUCCGAAAUGCGUUAUUGCCAGCGUGCUUUCGCAAUCAAACGAUGAGUUCUACAAACAUGCACUGCGCAAGUACAUGAGAGGUUUCUCCUUCUUCGGUGACCCCAUUGACAUGGCUAUUCGGAAGCUAUUGAUGGAGGUGGAGUUACCAAAAGAAACACAGCAGAUUGACCGAUUUCUUCAGAGCUUUGCGGAUCGAUACCACGAAUGUAAUCCUGGUAUCUUCGCAAAUCCAGACCAGGCUUACUUUAUCGCAUUCUCGAUCCUGAUCCUGCACACCGAUGUCUUCAACAAGAACAAUAAGCGCAAGAUGCAGAAGCCAGACUAUGUCAGGAAUACCCGUGGGGAAGGCAUAACAGAAGCUAUCCUUGAAUGUUUCUAUGAGAAUAUCUCCUACACCCCCUUCAUCCAUAUCGAGGACACGAAUCCCAAUGGGCGACACCUGGCUAAGCCCCGACGAACUCUGUUCAAGACCGCCAGCUCGGAUCAUUUGGGCAAAGAACCGGUGGAUCCAUAUACCUUGAUCAUGGACAACAAGCUUGAUUCUCUUCGCCCAAGCCUGAAGGAUGUCAUGAAUCUCGACGAUACCUAUUCCUGUGAUGGAACGGAAGGCCCGCCUGACAUCCAAGGUCUCCAUCGUGCGUUCUCGAAAUCCGCAGUUCUGCAGAUCGUCUCCGCCCGAUCUCGCCCAGACGCUUUCAUGCCUUCGAGUAUGGAAAAUCCGAUUGACUCCAGCCCAGGUCUAGUGGACAUCAAAGUGGCCAAAGUCGGGCUGCUCUGGCGCAAAGACCCGAAGAAGAAGAAGGCCCGGUCACCCUGGCAAGAAUGGGGCGCUUUGCUUACCUUCUCGAAACUCUACUUCUUCCGGGACGUGAACUGGGUGAAAUCACUUAUUCACCAACAUGAGUCUCAUGAAAAGGAAGGUCGCCGUCGGGCUUUCACCUUCAGACCCCCUCUUACUGACUUCAAACCUGAUGGUAUGAUGCCAACCGAAGAUGCGGUCGCUUUGCUGGAUUCUAGCUACAAAAAGCACAAGAAUGCGUUUGUCUAUGUCCGGUCGAACGCUCUUGAAGAGGUCUUCCUGGCGAAUUCCGAAGCGGAUAUGAACGAUUGGUUGGCAAAGCUCAACUAUGCGGCUGCUUUCAAGACUACCGGUGUUCGAAGCAAAGGAAUGAUUGCAACUAAUUACGAGGCCCAGCGUAACCGCAUGAGCCGCAGGGGCUCGGCUGCAUCUUUGAUGGACAGAGAGCCACCCUCCCCGAACCCCGCAGCCGACAUGGGUGAGGACCUGCUCGCAUCACAGACCCAGUUGAUGCGCCAGAAAAUCCGAGAGGCCAAUGAAAAGUUAUUCGUCAGCCAGAGGCAGCUCGAUGAUCUGCUGCGGAACGCGAGACAUCUACAGGUGUUGACCCCCGUGCAUUCCAGGGCUCGCGAGCAGGUCAUUAUGGCGGCCGGGCGCAUGGCUGCGAAGCUUAAAUGGGUGAGACAGGACAUCUGGCGCACCAGAUGCUACCGAGAGGUGCUCGUUCGAGACCUGGGCGAGGAAGAGAAAGAAGUCCAACCCGUGGCUGAACAGCCACGUCUCCAGCUGCAGAUUCCUGCUCCAAGCACCAACAAUGCCGUCGAGGUUCCGUGCGAGGAGACCGAGACGAUCAAAGUUACCUCUCCCAUGCGGGAAACUUCCCCGCAUCCAGUUUCUGCGAAGCCACCUUCCAUCUCUCAACCAUCGCCACACCCUGCUUCAGCGGAUCUGAGGAGGCCAAGCAUUCCCGCAUCCUUCGCUUCGUAUGACCAGCCUGACCGUGCUGGUCGGCGUCUAUCUGUUGAUGUUGCUAAGGAACGCGCCAUGUCGAGCUCUCCCGACCGUUCCAACCGACUUACUCGGGAAGCCUCCGUCCUCAGCGCCGCUAGCAGACUGGAUGUUGCGAGCCUCGGGUCCCACGCAUCUAAGCUUACUGUUCCCAACAGUUUCGAAGAGGGUGAGGAACGAAUUCUUCGGGAAACCGGCCUACUAGACGUUUCGCGAAGGCCAUCGCUUGCCUCUAAGGACAACGAAGCCGAAACCAGGCAUGAUGACACGCAAGCUAGACCCUCGAUUGACCGCACCAGCAGAAUUCGACGCAGCCUUCACCGCACCCUUCGCGAUGCGCCGGGUGUACACGCCAACCACCCCCGGAGCAAGAAAUCACGUGACUCGGCAGCCAGCUUGGCCGCGCUUGAUGAUACUCAAGGGGCGCAUGAAGGCGAAGGCCUGUCGCGGAAGUCUGCCAGCUUCACCGUACAUGGGAAGAAGGCCUCUAUCGUCACCUUCGGUAGCGAAUGGCAGAAUAUGCCACCUGAGGAGCGCUUGAAACUGCGGAAACCCACCCCAUCGGAUGAGCCGCGAGCCACAGACCCGGAGGUCGGCAGCGGUGCUGAGUCCAUUACUUCCGAAAACAACUUGCAUCCACGCUACCAGCACUCCCUGCGCAGCACCAGUCCCAGGGCUCGCGAGAGUCUCCAAUUCUACGACGAGAUGGAGGAGUUCAAGGAAGCUUCCGAAACCCUCUCUCGCGACAAAACGAAGGGCGAGACUGAUGAGGUUGUCGAUUCCAGCGCCAGAAUAUCCGAAGUCUCUUUUUCCACUGCUGCGCAAGAAACACCCAAGAAUGUCGUCGACGAGCCACUGUCACCGAAAGCCGGCAGCAGCACUGCUAUCGAUGAGCAAACAUCAAAACUACCACCAAGCUCCCCCGAGCAAGCUGUCCACGCAUGAACCUUCACUCCUUACCUACCUUUUCCCUGGCCUUUUCCUGUUUCUUACGACCUUAUACCCCC